AUGGCGUCCACUCAUCCGCGAAAUCCUCCAUCUCCUUCUCUUACCGCACAGGAAUCACCCCCAGUGCUGUCAAGGCAGCUCAAUUCAGAAUCGCACGCAUCCCAUGUGGAGACAACUUCGCAUUCUUCGACAGUCGUCGAGUCUCCACAUGACCGCGAGGACGAUGAUGUCCUGUCUCAAUUCGAGCGCGAAACAUAUGGCCCGCAUGAGGGCGAAAAGGGCUGGGAUAAGUACGAGGUAACGAUAGCAGAAGAUGAUCCCGAGCAUCCAAAAUCAUGGUCGCGGGUAUAUCGCUGGUAUCUGACCAUGCUAGCUGGUGUUCUUGUGCUGAACGCCACAUUUGCGAGUUCUGCGCCAGAAGGCAUUAUUUUCGACAUGAUGGAUGUGUUCCACUUCAGUGAGGAGGUUGCAACCCUGACUAUCUCGCUGUUUGUCGCCGGUUACUGUCUUGGUCCGCUCAUUUGGGGUCCACUUUCCGAAUAUAUUGGACGGCGGAAUGUCUUCAUUAUAUCUUUCGUUUUCUACACCGGCUUUCAAGUUGGAUGCGCACUGUCACCUAAUACAGCGGCCAUUUUGAUAUUCCGAUUCCUUGGUGGGACUUUCGCUGCCGCGCCGUUGUCGAAUAGCGGCGCGGUAAUAUCAGAUAUCUGGGAUGCCGACACUCGUGGGGAGGCGCUAGCCUUCUUCACUCUUGCACCGUUCGCUGGUCCUACUCUGGGCCCUGUAGUGUCGGGUUUUAUGUCGGUCGCUGGCGUCGAUUGGCGAUGGGUCUACUGGCUGUUGACAUUUUUUGCCGGUGCAUGCCUGGUUGCUUUAAUAUUUACACUCCCGGAGACAUAUUUGCCAAUUUUAUUGGUGAGAAAGGCUCGGCGAUUACGCAAGGAAACCGGCGAUGACCGCUACUGGGCUCCGCUCGAGCGGCAGACGCUCGAGAUUAUCCCACUCAUUACGCAUGUACUGGGCCGGCCGUUCGUUAUGCUCGUCCAAGAGCCCAUGCUCCUGGCAAUCUGCUUAUACAUGAGUUUCGUGUAUGGAUGCAUCUACAUCCUCUUCGAAGCAUACCCGAUCAUUUUCACCGAAAUGCAUGGUUUCAACAUGGGAUUCCUCGGCCUAUCCUUCCUUCCAAUAUUCCUUGGCGGAAUAACCGGUGUCGCAGCGUACUUGCUAAUAUUUAAUCCUCGCUACGUCAAGGCCCGCGCGCGACAUGCUCCCCGUCCUGUCCCGCCAGAGAUGCGCCUCGAAAUCGCAAUGUGGGCCGCGCCCAUGCUUGCUGUAUCGUUCUUCUGGUUUGGGUGGACGUCUUAUCCGCAUGUGAGCUACUGGGCACCGCUCGUCGCUGGGUUACCGCUGGGCUGGAGCAUCGUCUGGAUUUUCCUCGCUCUGUUCAACUACAUGAUUGAUGCCUACCUCUUCGUCGCUGCGUCCGCACUCGCUGCCAACACCGUCACUCGUUCAUUCUUUGGUGCGGGCUUCCCGCUCUUUGCAGCACAAAUGUACGAACGCCUUGGUCCCCGAUGGGCGUCGUCCCUUCUUGGUUUUAUCGCCAUCCUCCUGGGACCUAUUCCAUUUGUAUUGUACAAGUUUGGGCCCAUCAUUCGGAGGAAGUCAAAGUUCGUCCCAACGCUACCGGCACCAGCGAAAGAUGUUGAGGAGAAGCCGGUGGAUACGGAGCAUAGCGCUUGA